GCAGGUAUUUUUAUUGUUAACCUUAGUCAGUCAGCGCAAUGUCUUCUUUAGGUGAAGUAGAAGAUAUGGACACCUGGGACACUCCAUGGUAUUGGUAUUAUCUGGAAGAUUGUGGCAGGUGGCACAGGUUUGAGGAUGAGCCCAGUAACCCUGUUAGGAGUGAGGACAUAGAGAAAUAUUAUCUGAUGGAUCCAAAAUCCUCCUUUUAUUUAAAUUCAGGGAGCUACAAAAUCAAGAUAGAUUUUUCAGGAAUGCUGCAGACAGACCUCACCACAGGAAGGCAAAGAAGAAUCCAACGGCACAAUCUUGAGAAAUGCUGUUCCUGUUCAUGUUCACCGCCUAUUUUCUGGGAACAAUUUAAUCCUAUGGUUCCUUACCAGCUGAUCCCUUUGAGUAAGCUCACCCCAGAGUAUAAGACGGUGGCAAGCUAUACAACGAAUGAGGGUCGUCUGAGCAGUUCCAUUGUAUCUAUAAGCAGGAUACAGAAUUUGGACCUCUGGGAAAUUUUUUGUAGGAAAAAAAAACAAUUAAUGAGGAUUCAAAAUGUUACUGAGAUUCCAGAGAGACGCCUUUUUCAUGGGACUGACACUAAAAAUGUAGACAGUAUUUGCAAGUAUAACUUUGAUUUACGGAUACCUAAAAUUAAUGGAAGAUCAUAUGGCAAUGGUAUAUAUUUUGCUGUCGAGGCAUUAUAUGCAGGCCGUUACAGCAGCAACAGCACGACUUCGCAGCAUAAUGGAAACACUAAACCCAUUUUUCUUGCCCGAGUCUUGGUUGGGAAAUUUAAACUUGGACGAUCAAGUAUGCAAAAGCCAGAUGAUGAAAACCAGUACCUCAGUUGUGUCAAUGAUAUUAAUCAUCCCAAAAUAUUUGUUAUAUUUGAUCCAAAUCAAAUAUAUCCAGAAUAUCUUAUUGAGUACCAAUAAACUCAA